GCGCUUCCCAUAAUCCCUCGCGCGCGGGCGCCCUCUUUCCUUUUUCCGCCAUCUUGCUGUCCGGGCACCAUGGUGCGCAUGAAUGUUCUGGCAGAUGCUCUAAAAAGCAUCAACAAUGCAGAGAAACGUGGGAAACGUCAAGUUCUCAUCAGGCCGUGCUCCAAAGUAAUUGUGCGAUUCUUAACUGUGAUGAUGAAACAUGGUUACAUCGGUGAAUUUGAGAUCAUCGAUGAUCACAGAGCCGGGAAAAUUGUUGUGAACCUCACAGGCAGACUCAACAAGUGUGGUGUGAUCAGUCCCAGAUUUGAUGUCCAGCUGAAGGAUCUGGAAAAGUGGCAGAACAACCUGCUUCCUUCGCGCCAGUUUGGGUACAUUGUGCUGACCACUUCUGCUGGGAUCAUGGACCACGAGGAAGCGAGGCGAAAACAUACAGGAGGGAAAAUCCUGGGCUUCUUUUUCUAAACUUGUAAAAAAUAAAAAUAAAAAAGGCAGAAGAACGAACGGUA